AUGGCCAGCUCCGCCGUUACUCCAGCAUGGCUUGUUAUCCUUCUUGUCGGCGUUUAUCCUUACAACGUCUACAAAGAGGCGCCAGUGUACGUAGCGGGGCCCAGGAGGGGCAAUUAUUCUUCAUUGAAAUAUAACAGAACCAAAAUAGAUAUACGAAAAAUUAGACAACAACGUUUUCAUACACCGACACAGAGAGACAUCGAACGGAACGUUUCAAUUGAAUGGGACUAUACAGAUUUCAGUCUUCAGUUUAAAAAUAUUGGUGGUCCAGCCUUCAAACUCAGGAGAGCUCCUCGUGCCACACACGGGGAGCCAUGGCCUUUACCACAGACCUACCGGACAAACAAAGAACAAGUGUACCGAAUUGAUCCGCACUCAUUCAAUAUCAAGGUGGAGAAUUAUUCUUGUGUUAUUUUAGAGAAAGCUAUCCAACGUUACAAAGAUUCCGUAUUUAAAUUCGCUUCCGAAGAAAAUUAUGACAAUUUGAAAUAUUUGAAAAAUGGUGGAUUUGAUAAAGACAUUCUAAAUUUGAGAAAAAUUCACGAAGAUGCCACGGCCAUUACGUGGAUGUCAGUGGUGCUUAAAGAAACCUGCUCAAGUCAAAUGCACGAGUCUUCCAACGAAACUUAUUCGCUAUUGGUUAAGCCGUUUGGGAUCUUCUUGAGAGCUAUCGAUGUGUGGGGCGCCUUGAGGGGACUCGAGACCUUCAGCCAGAUAGUAUAUAAACAGCAGAAUCAGAGUCACGGAGACGGAAAACUUGCCAUCCAAUCAGUAUUCGUUUGUAGAGCUGUCGGGUAG